AUGAAAAGUUCGACUUGCUUAAGGGAGGUCCAACAGCUGAAUGGCCGACUUGCAGCUCUCUCCAGGUUCUUAGCAGGAUCAGCAUUGAGAUCCCUACCACUUUUCUCUCUACUAAAAAAAGGAUGCCAGUUCGAAUGGACUCCUGAAUGUGAAGAAGCCUUCCAGGAGUUCAAAACAUUUUUAAGCCAACCUCCAAUUCUGACCUGGCCUAAAACUAGGAAAGAACUCGUCCUGUAUUUGUUUGUAGCUGACAAAGCUGUAGCAUCAGCGGUAAUAUGGGAAGAUGAGGUCAGACAGCAUCCAGUUUAUUUUACCAACAAAGUUCUACAAGGCCCCGAGUUAGGGUACCAAAAACUUGAGAAGUUUGCGUAUGCUUUAAUAGUGGCGUCUCGAAGGCUACGGCCUUAUUUUCAAACUCGCACAAUAAAAGUUCGAACGAACUGGCCCAUGAAGCAAAUUCUUCAAAAAACAGACAUUAUGGGCAGAAUGGUUCAAUGGGCUAUAGAACUAUCUGAGUUUGACUUAACGUAUGAAACUCGGAUGGCGAUUAAAGCCCAGUGCCUGACCGAUUUCAUUGCCGAAUAUGCAGGAGAUCAAGAGGAGGCCUCCACAACAUGGGAAUUGUAUGUGUAUGGCUCUUCCAACAAAAUCGGAAGCAGUGCAGGCAUAAUACUUGUCAACCGAGAGGGAAAUCAAAUAGAAGUCUUCUUGAAAUUUGAAAUCCCGGCCUCCAAUAACCAGGCAGAAUAUGAAGCCUUGAUUGCCAUGUUGAAAUUAGCAGAAAAAGUCGGUGCAACCAAAGUAGUGCUCUUCAGCGACUCUCAAGUAGUGACCUCUCAAAUCAAUGGGGAGUAUCAGGCCAAAGACCCAAAUAUGAAAAGGUACUUAGACAAAACUUUGGAGUACCUUAGGCGAUUCUUGGAAACCGAGGUCAAACAUAUAACUCGUGAUCUAAACAGCAGAGCAAACACCCUCUCCAAGUUAGCAAGUACUAAGCCAGGAGGGAAUAAUAGAAGCCUGAUCCAGGAAACUCUCCAAGAACCCUCUGUCACAAAAAUAGAGGCUAAACAAGAUGUCCUGGAGGUAUCCGGAUUGGAACUCGAGUGGAUGACCCCUUUUAUCAAAUAUAUAAAAUUUGACAUCAUACCUAAAGAGGAAAAAGAGGCUAAGAAAAUCCGGAAGGAGGUACAAAACUACACUUUGGUGAAAAAUAUCCUUUAUAAAAGAGGAAUAUCCACACCAUUGUUGAAGUGCGUCUCGACCUCAAAGACAAUGGAGGUCUUAGAGGAGGUGCACAAUGGUAUCUGUGGAAACCAUCUCGGAGUAAGGUCUUUGGCUAGGAAAGUCAUCCGAGCCGGGUUCUAUUGGCCGACCUUGCAGAAGGAUGCCACCGAGUUCAUAAAGAAGUGUUAA